AUGAGUAAUCAUUAAGUAAUUUAGAAAUUGCCAACCUUAAAUAAUGAACGUUUAGAAACUCAAAGAGAAAUGGAUUAACAUUUAAGAAUAUCAACUAUCAGAAAAAGCAGUUUUUUACCUUCUCGAACAAAAAGUUUAGGAUAAAGAUUGCUUAAUUUUGUAGGAAAAUAAAUUUCUGUCGAUUAUUAAGAACGACUAGUACUUAAGAGUCUUUAAGCAGAAAAUAAUAAAGCUAAAAAAAUUUUUGAAAUAUUGCUUGCUCGUAAAAACAAUCUAAAAAAUCUCACUAAUUUUCAUUUGAGUUUUUUAAAUGAUAAAGCCAUUGGAAAUAUUAGUUUUGUUUAAAGAUAAACAUCCUUUAAAAUAUUUAUUGAUAGGUUGCUAACUAAGAAACUUUUAAGAAUCUUUAAGCCAUUUGUGGAUAAUUUAAUUUAACAUAUUAAAGCAUUACCUUUAUUAUAUCCAGAAAGUACAAAAAUUGUAUUAUGGGAUAUACUUGCAAUUUCAUCUAAAUUAUACUUUUUAUAUCUAAUCCCUUUAGAAUUAGCAUGGACAAAUAGAUCAUUACUUUAUAAUAGAUACUAUUCAUCAACUAUAAUAAUGCUUAUAAUAUUAUUUAUAGAUUUUAUUGUUGGUCUUAACACAGCCUAUUAUAAUGCAGGAUCCUUAAUUACUAAUCGAAUUUAAAUCUUAAAACAUUAAUUCACAAAAUCAUUUGGAUUAGAAUGGAUAUCUACUAUAAUUUUGAUAAUAUUAUUUAUAAUAUGUAAAAAAACAGAUACUAUGAUAAAUGUAACUGAAAAUCCUGUGUAUUUAAUUUUAUUAAGUGUUCUCUCUCAUUAAAUUAAUGUUCAUUACAAAACAAGCCAAUAUGAAUUAGCAUUAAAUUUAUCUAAGAAAGUAUCAAGUUGUUUAGAAUUACUAAAAUUCUUACUAUUAUUAUUUUAUGUCAUACACUUAUUCUCUUGUCUAUGGUUUUGGGUACAAAUUUUAAGUAUUUAUUAAGGUUGGAUAUUACAGUAAAGAAAAUUAUGAAUUCACAUGGUUAGACACUCUUAAAGAUCUUUCAAUAAUAGAUUGGACAGAUGAAUAUUUAUAAUCAUUUUAUUAUGUUUGUGUUACUAUGUUUACAGUUGGAUAUGGUGAUAUCACUCCUAAAAGUGGAUUAGAGAAAUCAAUCUGUAUAUUUCUGAUUUUAAUAUCAAGUAUAUAAUUACCUUAUUCAAUUAAUACUGUUGGUUCAAUAAUUGAAAAAAUAUCAGAUUAUGGAGAAGAAACAAAAAAUAAAUUAAGAACAAUCAAUAGUUAUAUGAAUAAAAAGAGAGUUCCUUAUAAUAUAUAGAACUAAAUUAGAUAAUAUUUAAAUCAUUAUUGGGAAUCAUUAUAAGGAUAAGACACAGAAGAAGAGAAAGUAAUAAUAUCUCAAUUAUCUGAAAAUUUAAGAGAAUAACUUAUUAUUUAAGCUAAUAGUAGAAUAUUUGCUAAAGUUUCUUUAUUAAAAUAAAAUUUUAGUCAUUAAUUACAAUAAAAUUUAUUAAAAAAGGUAUAAUCUGUUUAAUUGUAACCAGAAUAAAUAAUUGAAUUAGAUAAUAAAAUCUCAUGUUACUUUGUUGAUGAAGGGGAAAUUAAUGUAUUAAUUGAAUCUGGAUUGGUUGUUUAAAAAGCAAAAAAAGAUGAUGUUAUUGGUUUGGAUAACUUAUUUUUAGGAUUUCAAAAUAAAAAUCAAAGACUUAAAAGUAUUGGAUUUACUAAAUUAUAAAUCUUAUCAAGACAAGAUUUCUUAUAAGAUUUAAAGGAUUUUCCUAAUGAUUAUGAAAAAUUCUGUUCUAUUAAAGAUGAUUUAUUAUUUAACUUUAAAUCAUCCUAUAUAUAAAAAUAAUGUGAUUCUUGUUUUUAAACAGGACAUGAAAUUAUCAAUUGUUCAAUGAUUCAUUAUGUACCUUAAAAAGAUUUGUUAAUUAAAAGAUAACAAUAUCCUUAAUAUUAAUAGAGACAAGAAUUUUCAAGAAGAUAUUAUAAAUUAUCUAGAAUUAUGCUUUCUGAAUUAGAUAAUUAAGAAUUUAAUGAAACAAAGUAAUAGUAUUUAAAAAAAUAUUAUAUACCUCAAAUACCUAAUGUUAAUAAUAAUAAGAUAAAUGAUUAAAUUCUUUAAAAUAUGAAUUAAGAUGAUGUAAUUGAAUAACCAGAGAUAAAAAUAGAAAAUUUAAAAGUUUCAACAAUGUUAAAUGUUAAAUAACCUACAAAGAGAGACUCAGUUUUAGCAAUUUCUUAUAUACCUGGUAAUAAUAUUGAUCAAAUUAAAAGAAGUAUAAAUAAUAAUAAAAAAAUUGGAAUUAAUUAAUCAAAUAAAAAAUAAUAAUAAUUAGAUAUUUAAUUAGAUAGUUUAGGACUAUAAAGACAAAAUAGUUUAACAUCUAGAAGAUAAUCAUAAGCAGUAAAUAUGAUGAAUAUAUAUUAAUUGAGUUUAAAUAAUAAUGCUUAUAAAUAAAGUUAUUUGUAAGAAUUAAUUAGUAACAAUUAUGAUAUUAAUUUUGAUGAUGAAUUAAAACUAAGAUAUGAAAAUUUAAAUUAAAUUAAAAAUAUGAGUCCUGAUGAUAAAGAAGCUAUUGAAUUACUUUAUAUGAAAUAAAUUAAUAAACAGAAAUAUUAGAAAAAAGGCUUAAUGCAAUUUGAAACUAUCAAAUGUUAUCAUGAUUAUUAUCCUUAAUUUAAUUUUAAUAGGUAAAUUAGUAAAGCAAAUAAACCAGAGAAUCCAUCAUUAAAAAUUUUAAUUUAAAAGUAUAUGAGUUAUAUACUUUAUCCAUCAGAGUUCAUUUCAAAAUUUAAAUUACUUUAAUAGGAUUAACUUAGAGUUCGUUUGAAUUCUGAGGAGGAGAAGUAUUGA